AAUCGACUCAGAAAAUGAUCCUGAGCCGAUUGGUAUACUUUAUGAGGGGUAUAGUACCAAUAUUAUUGUGCGUUGCAAACAUCAGCACAAACCCAAUAUAACCUUCCACUAAAGUGAAGUAGGGUAUAGCAAGUGUUUAUUGUAUAAAAUAUAUAAAAUAUCAGUGGUUCUUAAUAGAGUUCUAUGAAACGAUUUUGGAACAAUUGACUUUUUGAAGUUAUUGACGUUUUUGAUAAAUCAAAGUAAAUCCACAAAAACAAGGGUUCUAUAAAUGUAGAUUUGAAUAAAAGAAUUUUUAUCGAAAAAUGUUGAACUCGAGUAUUUUGUUCAAAAUAUUCGAUUAUCUUUAUUGGGAAAAUUAAAGCAAAUCCAGUUUCCUUCCAGUCCUCUUGUGAACUGUGCUAUUCGAUAUUGAAAUAGAAAUCUACUAUUAAGAUUAAUAACGAAAUCGAAUUCGAUCACAUAUUCGCUUUGAAUUUAAAUUCAAUACAACAAAGUUGAUCACAUCGAUCAACAAACUGAUAGGAAUUGACAAAAAUUAAAAAUUUCUCUUAAAGUUUAAAUUAUUUGAGAAAUCAUGUAAUUGCUGCUAAGAGCAAACUAUGUUUUUAACUAUAAACAUAAGAACUUUAGUAGACUGUUGCAUAUAAGAAGAUAAUUUUUCACUCCAGAGCCAACAGUCGUGUUCAUAAUGUUUAUAUGAGAUUAUAUGUUGUCGCCAGCCGUCAUCCAAUUAUGAAGUUAAACAUUACAAUUGUUGUUAGCUUUCUUAAUCUAAUACUAAUAAUGCUAACAAUAGCUAAAGCUAAUCGCUAUCAAAAGACACAAUCCUACGGUAACAAUCGUUCUCAAAGAGGUCGAACUAGCACGCGUAGAGGACCGUGGGAAGGAUUUCCAAAUUGGCCGGGUAGAGAGGAAGAUUAUAUAGCCGACAAUUGGAGGCGUAAAUGUGCGAAAUAUGACAUAGCCAGUUCAGUUAAAAGUUACAUUACCGGAGGUAUCAAAGCCGAAAUGAAUAUGUUUCCCUAUUUAGUGGGUCUACUAAUGUACCAGCCACCGAGAGUAUAUCAAUGUGGUGGUACUUUAAUAACAGAGCGUUAUGUUUUAACAGCGGCUCAUUGUUUGUACAGAACUAUUGAGGCUCGGGUGUAUUUGGGUUCAUAUAUUUAUGCAGAUGCUGGAACUGCGGCAGCUGUAUACAACGUCACUGCCCGUGAUUUUAUCAUACAUGAACGUUAUGGUCUUCAGGGUUUUAAUGAUGAUAUUGCUUUGAUUAAUCUACAAAAGCCGGUCACUUUAACGGAUAAAAUAAGAUUAAUAACUUUAGCUCCCAGCUAUAUGACUCAAAUCUAUUUACAAGGUGAAAUUGUGACCGCCGCUGGUUGGGGUCGUAUUAGCGACAAUAAUACCAAAUUAAAUGUGGAUCUUUAUUAUACGGACACUCGCGUCAUAGGCUAUGAGAAGUGUAUGUGUUAUUAUUUACCCGGAUUAGUAAGUAGACGAGCACAUAUAUGUGUCGACGGCACUGGAGGUCGUGGCAGUUGUGAUGGUGAUUCGGGUGGACCUUUGGUGUUUAAACACAAAGAUAUGGAUUAUCAAGUGGGAGUGACAGCUUUUGGCAGUGCGGGCGGUUGUGAAAUUGGCUUUCCCACGGUAUACUCUAGAAUAACCAACUAUUUGAGUUGGAUUUCCCGAAAAACUGGUUUAAAGUUGCAAUAAACGUACACAAGUGUUUUUAAAAUUUGCAAUUUUUUUCCAUAUUUUUUAUUAAUUUUUUUUUUUAUAAAUAAAUUCUUACAAAGAACAUUUUCUCAUAAAAAUACUUAACCAAUUAGUUUUAUUUUUUGUGUAAUACAAAAAAAUUAUAGAAAAAUUUCAAGAAUCUUGUAUUGUUUCGAAAUUUCUGUUGUAUAAUGCUUAGAAAAAACUAAUAACAAAAUACUAAUUGUAAUAGCCAAUAAAUAACUAACUAAAAAUAUGUACUGUUCAACUGAAAAAGUAUAUGGAGUCAAGAACAUUGCGUAAAUCGAAAUCACCUUUUUGAGGCAUUUGGCAGAGCACACGAUUUAAAUGACGUUUCGAAAGAUCUUCGGCGGAAUCAUCAUGAGAAAAAUCACUGUAAAUGAUAAAAAUUAUAAAAAAUAAUUCUAAGAUAUUUGUGUUAAUAUACGUUACCUUUCUUUGAAA